AUGGCACCAAAGAACGAGGAGAGCAAACGUCCCCAAGAGGAGGUUGAUGAGCCUCAGCAACGCGAGGAAGAGCCCCAAGGUGAAGAAGAGAACGACGAAGCGCAAGAACAAUACGACGAAGAUGAUGACGCUCAGCAAGAGCAUCAUGAUCAAGACGAGGCAGAUGAAGAAGACGAUCAGCAACAACAACAAUCUGAAUCUGAAGCUGAAGAAGCCGAACAACAACAGAAUGGCGACGAUGAAGUAGACGAAGAGAAUCAGCAACACGACGAGGCCCAGGAACAGGAUCCGAACGAAGAAGACCAGGAUCAACCAGCCGGCGACGCCCAGGAGAAGCCUGAGCAGACCGAGGAGAAUUCCGAAGUCAAGCGUGAGGCCAACGGAGACGACGACGCGAGCGACACAGCGCAUGAGCCUCGCUCCCCUUCGCCGAAGAAGGAGGAAGUCAAAGAGGAACCCAAGUCAGAGCCCAAGAAGAAGCGCGGGGAAUCCAAGCGCCGCGAGGUCGCUACAGACGAGAAGCCACGGCGGCCCAGACGGCGCCGCAAUGCGCCAUCCUGGAUGGAGAGUGACAAAGAAAACCAGACGGCCAAUGAGAAGCAGGUAGCGCAGCGCAAGCGCAAGCAGUCACAAAAGCAACAACAGAUGCAACAGUACCAGUACCAGCAGCAACAACAGCAGCAGAUGCAGAUGCAGCAACAGCAGCAGCAGCAGCAGAUGUCACAGGAGAAGGACGACGGCAAGAACCCGUUGAAGCUCUACCUGGAGCUGAAUCUGGAAGUGGAGGUGACGCUCAAGGCCCGCAUCCACGGUGAUCUUACCCUCUCCCUCUUGUAA